AUGUCACAACAUGAAACUACUUCUGCUUCAAAAACUACUAAGUCUACUCACAAGGUUAAUGCUCUUUCCAUGGACAUUCACGAUGAUGAGAUUCUGGAUGUGGUUCCUCUAUCUGUUAUUCCCUGCGAGGCCCUUGAUUUAAACCAUCCCAUGGAUGCCUCAGCUUUUGCAUGCCCCAAUCAAGGACAUUUUGUGAAGGGAGUCUCUACUCCCCUGUCUAAAAUGUACCCUUCUCCUGAGGUUGAACAACAUAGUGAGAAGAAUGACGAUUCCUCCAGUUCUGAGAAGGACAUGGUUGCUGAAGGUUUGUGCUCCAUAGGGCAAACUGUGUCUGGUAAAGGAAUAUUUAUGGCAUCUAUAACUGCCAAUGCUUCCCACUCUGAGAAGAAUGAUGAUGCAAACGAUGUGAUUGACCUAGAUGAUGAUAGGUCAGAUGAUCAAGAGGAUAGUUUACUUCAUCACCUAAAGCCAAGUGUGGCUAAACGUAUGAAGACCCAAAAAGGAAAAUCUGUGGCUGAACUUAUGUCAGCUAGAAAAACUAAGAAGACUGCUGGUAUUGGUCCCUCCAAAUCUUGGAUCAAGGUUGAGGUGAAGAAAAGGAAGGUUAAAGAAGUUUCUGAGUCUGAAGAGGAUGUUGAGGAAGAUGUCCCUGACAUCUCCCCUGUGAAGAAAACCACUAUGAGGAAGUGCCCUGGUAAAGUUGUUGCUUGCUAUGAGAGUUUAGUUAAGGAAUUCAUUGUCAACAUUCCUGAGGGUAUUGCUGAUAAGAACAACAAGGAAUUUUGCAAAGUGUUUGUGAGAGGCAGUCAUGUCGAAGACAUUGUCAUGACAUCUGCCAUGAAAAAACCAGCCUCAAAAGUUGGAACUAUUGUUGAGCUGAAGGAGACUUGUAAAGAGCUGGGUGAAGGGAUAAGGGUAGCAACAGCUAGGAAAUAA